UCCUUUUUUUUUUUUUUUUUUUUUCUGCGGGACUUUGGAGGAAACCUGCCCGGCUUUUAGCAUGAUGUCUUACCUUAAACAGCCCCCUUAUGGCAUGAACGGGCUGGGGCUGACGGGCCCUGCCAUGGACCUGCUGCACCCCUCCGUGGGGUACCCGGCCACCCCACGGAAACAGCGGCGGGAGCGCACCACCUUCACCCGCUCGCAGCUGGACGUGCUGGAGGCACUCUUCGCCAAGACCCGCUACCCCGACAUCUUUAUGCGGGAGGAGGUCGCCCUCAAGAUCAACCUGCCUGAAUCCCGAGUCCAGGUCUGGUUCAAGAACCGCCGUGCCAAGUGCCGGCAGCAGCAGCAGAGCGGCGGCGGGGCCAAGAGCCGUCCGGCCAAGAAGAAAUCCUCGCCGGCUCGAGAGAGCUCGGGUUCGGAGAGCAGCGGGCAGUUCACGCCGCCGGCGGCAGCCUCCAGCUCGGCCUCUUCUUCCUCCUCCAGCUCGGCCUCGUCGGCCCCGGCGGGCGCCCCAGCGUCUCUCAGCACCCCGGCCUCGUCCAUCUGGAGCCCGGCUUCCAUCUCUCCCGGCGCGGCGCCGGCGGGGGUGACGGUGCCCGAGCCCCUGCCGCCCCCCGCCGCCUCCUGCAUGCAACGGGCCGGCCCCGCCGCCGCCGCCGCCUCGGCCAGCUACCCCGUUUCCUACGGCCAAGGCGGGGGGUACGGGCAGGGUUACCCCGCGCCGCCCUCCUCGUCCUAUUUCGGGGGCGUGGAUUGCAGCUCCUACCUGGCGCCCAUGCACUCCCACCACCAUCCCCACCAGCUCAGCCCCAUGGGGCCUUCCUCGGUGCCUGGCCACCACCACCACCACCCGCUGAGCCAGAGCUCGGGCCACCAUCACCACCAUCACCACCACCACCACCACCAGGGUUACGGCGGCACCGGGCUGCCCUUCAACUCCUCCGACUGCCUGGACUACAAGGAGCCCGCCGCCGCCGCCGCCGCCUCCUGGAAGCUCAACUUCAACUCCCCCGACUGCCUCGACUACAAGGACCAGGCGUCCUGGCGCUUCCAGGUCUUGUGAGGGGUCGACCGCCGUCCCUGUGUGUCCCCCCACCCCCCCCCCCCACCCCCCGCCAAAGCCACCACGGACCCCCCACCCGGGGUCUCCCCGCUGCCUCCCGGGCAGGACUCUGGCUCUGGUUCUUCCUCCUCCUCCUCCUCCCUCUUCGUUAGCAGUGGCAAUGCCCUGGGGGGGUGGGGGGGGGUUCCUGCCACCCCCAUCUCUACUGACUGAUAUUUAUUUGCUUCCUGCACCCCUCCAGGGGGUUUAUUAUAAUUAUUAUUUUUUUAAACGCAACAGAAGAGGAGUUUUAAAAAAAAAAAAAAAAAAAAAAAAAAAAAAAAAAAAAGUAAAAAGCCUAGCGUCUCCCCUGCUGCCCCCUGGGCAGAGGCACAGGCUGGCUCCUGCCCUGCCAGUGCCCCCCCCCCCCAAUUUCACGCGGGGACCCUCACUGCCCCAGCUGCGGGAGCCCCUGGCUCGCCAGUCCUGUACAGCCUCUUGCCGCUGGGAGCGGUGGGAACAAUGUAAAUACUAGGUCCGUUCCAGUGACCAUGAUUAUUUUUAGUUGAUGCUGUUGGGUUGGCAUUUAUCUAGAGUCUUACUUGGAGCAGAACUUAAAAAAAGACUUUUUUUUUCUUUUUUUUUUCUUUUUUUUUUUUUUAUUUUAAAUUUUAAUUUUCUUCCCUAAAAAUGAAUCUUUCUCCGUCUCGUGUCCACCAUCCAUCCUCAAGGGCUCCGCCCGAGCUUGGCC